CAAGGAUCAAGCAUGUGCCACCAAUGCCUGCAAUCUGGCCAUUCUGGAAAGUCUACCCAGAGGGGAACCUCUAGCAUUGCUCAGAUUAAGAGAGGUGCUGCUCAUUCUGCUGUGCAUGCAGUGGCUGCUGCUGCUGCUGCUUCUCCACAUCAGCCACAUGUCUAAGGUCAUGCACAUCCUUGCAUGCACGUGCGCACGUGUGCCUUCUGUUCUCAGAGUGGAUUCAGAAGCAAUUUCUGAAGGGUGCAGUUCCAACAGGGUCGAUUACUUCAAAGCAAAAGACCCUCCGGGCAUGCGCUAGCUCUCCAUCUCACCUAAAGUCUUCUUUGGAUCCCAGCCAGCACAUGCUUUUCAUAGCAGACACAGAGACAGAGCGGUACCUCAAGCGUGGAGGGGAGCCAUUGCUUUCCCUGCCUUCCAGAUGUUCACCAUCAGCCUUUUCCUCCCAUCUUCCAGGCCUUCUCCCUCUGGUCCUUGAAAAGGGUUUUUUUUUUCUUCUUGAUAGGUCUCAGAAACUCUUCCUGUCAUGAUUACCCUGGCUGGAAGUCAGUGGUGUUUUCCCCUUUCUCCCCCUCCUCUGCACCAAACAAGCAGUACAUUCCUUUAUGCAGGUUUCCAUAGAGUUAAACUGUUCCUAUUUUUUUUUUUUCCUUAAAGAGGUCAGCAAAAAGUCGUACAAUAGGGGUCUCAUGUUCAUGAACUGUGAAGGAAUUUUUUUUAAAUUUCCCAUGGUGGGGUUGGAGUGCAGCAAAAAAGAAACUUGGGGGGGAAAAAAGACAAAUAAAGCAGAUGAGAGACUUGUGGUGUGUGUGGGGGGGGGGUCGUUUGUAAAGACAUGCUGUCCUCCCGAUCUCCAUUUAAAACUUGUUAUUUCUCUUCCUCUCCCUCCACGUUUCUUUUAUUUCUAUUAAAGUUAUUUUUCCCCCCAGCUUUAAUUGCUUCAAUCCCGCUAAGCUGCCCCUUUUAAAAUGAACGAUUGUAUAUAUUCCCUUGGCAUAGGGAAAUCCCUCGGACUGUAGGUUCAUAUUAUCUAGACAAGCAGUCUUUCAGAAGUAAAUGCCAUUCUUGCAUAGGGAAGUACUUUAGGCCUAAAGGGGUUAAGAAGGCCUCCUUCCAUUCAGAAACAUGCAGGGGUCCCACCGUAGCUGUUCCAGCCUUUAAAAAUCUCUCCAGCUUUUUUUUUUUUUUUCCUUCCCUCUCCUUGUAACAAAUCUGUACGACUGCCACCAGGACAUAAGAAGCGUGUGCCUGUCACAGAAAUAGAGUUUACUUUUUUUCCAAGUUGUUGUAGAGCAGCAGGGUAUAAAUACAGCUAACUCUGACUUGGACUAAGAGCCUUUCGCUUAAAAUAAGGGGGCGACUUCCCAAGACUUUGAAUCCAACAAGGUCCAGAUCAGAUUGCACCCACUGAGCAAGGUAGAAAGGACACAGAGAAAACAGGUGUAGUUGCUUCCUUUGUUUCAGCUCUUUUUUUUUUUUUCCAAGUCAAGCACAGCCACACCCAGACCUGAGUCAAUUUGUCAGUAUUUUCUCCGGAGCUAACCCAAGAUGUCCUUUUUCAAACUAUUCAUGCGAUGGAUAUGGAUAUGGAUGUUGUCCUGGGACCGCCUUAUCGUGUUACUUCUGCAGCUCCUGCUCAAAAGUGCAGCUUUGCCUCCAAUCCGAUAUUCUCACGCCGGGAUAUGUCCAAAUGAUAUGAAUCCCAAUCUCUGGGUUGACGCACAGAGUACCUGUGGGAGAGAGUGUGAUGCCGACCUGGAGUGUGAGACUUUUGAGAAAUGUUGCCCUAACGUUUGUGGAACACGAAGUUGUGUUGCAGCCCGGUACAUGGAUGUGAGAGGGAAGAAAGGACCGGUUGGGAUGCCCAAAGAAGCCACGUGUGACCGAUUCAUGUGCAUCCAGCAAGGUUCAGAAUGUGAUAUCUGGGAUGGGCAGCCAGUCUGCAAAUGCAAAGACAGGUGUGAAAAGGAGCCAAGUUUCACAUGUGCAUCUGAUGGGCUCACCUAUUACAACAAGUGUUACAUGGACGCAGAAGCGUGUACCAAAGGCAUCACCCUCAAUGUAGUGACUUGUCGCUAUCAUCUCACCUGGCCAAACACCAGCCCUGUCCCAGCAGAGACUACUGCUCCACCCACAACCGCUUACUUGGAGACUACCGUCACAGACAUCCUCGCACCUGUUUUAGUCAACAACCCAACUCAUCAGUCUGUCUACGUCGGAGAGACUGUAAGCUUUCAUUGUGAUGUCACUAGUCGACCUAAACCAGAAAUCACUUGGGAGAAGGAGACUGAGAAUAAAGAGAAAAUAAUUAUGAGGCCUAACCAUGUCCAAGGAAAUAUCGUUGUCACUAAUAUUGCCCAGCUGGUAAUCUAUAACACACAACUACAAGAUGCAGGAAUUUACACCUGCACAGCCAAAAACCUUGGUGGUUCUUUAAGGGUAGAUUUCCCACUGUCGGUCCUCCAGGGAGAAGCUACUUCUCCAGAAACAGUGCAGAAUAAAACUCACUUCCCAACCAACGAGUGCCUGAAGCAACCUGACAGUGAAGACUGUGGAGAAGAGCAAACCAGAUGGUAUUACGAUGCAAAGAAAAACAACUGCUUUACUUUCAUUUAUGGGAACUGUAAUAGCAAUCUCAAUCAUUUUGAGACCUACGAGAGCUGUAUGUUGACAUGCAUGAAUGGCCCCAUCAACAUCUGCAGUUUGCCAGCCCUGCAAGGCCACUGCAAAGCCUAUGAGCCCCGGUGGGCAUACAACAGCUUGACGAAACAAUGCCAGUCUUUCAUUUAUGGAGGUUGCGGAGGCAACGAGAAUAAUUUUGAAAGCCGAGAGGCCUGUGAAGAAUUGUGUCCUUUCCCUCUGGAUAGGCUCUGUAAAGUUUGCAAGGCUUGCAAACCCCGGCAAAAGCUGGUGACCAGCUUCUGCAAGAGCGAUUUUGUGAUUCUUGGUCGUGUCAUGGAGCUGACAGAGGACCAAGAGUCUGGCCAUGCCCUGGUGACGGUGGAGGAGAUUCUGAAGGAUGAUAAAAUGGGGCUUCAGUUCCUGGGAAGGGAGCCUUUAGAGAUCACCUUGUUAAACAUGAACUGGAGCUGUCCCUGCCCCAACAUUACGGCAACGGAAGGCCAGCUCAUCAUCAUGGGUGAGGUCUACAACGGAAUGGCUGUUUUACAGCCGGAUAGUUUUGUUGGGGCCUCAAGUGUCCGACGCAUUCGGAAACUUCGUGAGGUCAUCCACAAGAAAACCUGUGAGCUAUUAAAGGAGUUCUUAGGACUGCACUAAUGCCUAGAGAGUAGCUCGCUGGCUUUUCCUGAUUUGUGCAUUAUAUAGUGCUAACAAACGAUAGGUUUAUCCUGAAAACCCCUUGUGUAACUCCUGUUUGCUGAUAUAGGUUAUGUAUCCCAUAUGAAGGAGUGAAUGGCAUGUAGCAGAAAGAGAGCUGUUGUUUUUUGACAAGUAUUUUAAAAUAGCAGCAAACAGCAAUUAAUAUUUAGAUUUCGAUCUAUCUAUCCCUCUAGAAAUGCCAUCUGGUGUUUAUCGCUUGUCAACAAUGCAAUUUUCAUCAUAUAUAUAUAUGUGUGUGUGUCUUUGGUUAUUCGGGUUUUCUCCCGCGUCAAAUUGGAAGUGUCUUGGCGACGUUUCGACGAAGUCUCAUUUGUCAUCUUC